CGGUAAGUCAGCUGAUGUUCCCUAAGCCGCGGCUCUUUGACAGCUCCGAGUGUGCGGACCUCUGGACUUCGGAACUAGGGGAGAUAACCUACCAAAGAAGAUGAAGAAAAACAGAGAACGAUUCUGCAACAGAGAGAGGGAAUUUGUAUAUAAAUUCAAAGUAGGAAGUCAGUGCUUAGAACUGAGGGUACCCCUCCAAUUUCCUAUUCAAGAGAAUGCCACUUAUCUACAUGGACGUCUGAUGCUGCUGCACAGUUUACCAUGCUUUAUAGAAAAAGGUUAUCUGUCUAUAAGAUCAAUAAUAGAAAAAACCACAUUAGAGCAUGCAAGGCCUGAAGAGCCCAGCUGGGAUGAAGAUUUUGCAGAUGUGUACCAUGACCUAAUCCAUUCUCCUGCCUCUGAAACGCUCCUAAAUUUGGAACAUAAUUACUUUGUUAGUAUCUCAGAACUGAUUGGGGAAAGAGAUGUGGAGCUCAAAAAAUUACAAGAGAGACAAGGUAUUGAAAUGGAAAAAGUGAUGCAGGAAUUGGGAAAGUCACGGACAGAUCAAGAUGUAAAUUCACUGGCUGCUCAGCAUUUUGAAUCCCAGCAGGACUUAGAAAAUAAAUGGUCAAAUGAAUUAAAACAAUCAACUGCCAUUCAAAAGCAAGAGUAUCAGGAAUGGGUGAUAAAACUUCAUCAAGACCUGAAAAAUCCCAACAACAGCACCCUCAGUGAAGAAAUUAAAGUUCAACCAAGUCAGUUCAGAGAAUCUGUAGAAGCAAAUGGAAGGAUUUAUGAGGAACAGAGGAAGUUAGAAGAAAGUUUUACCAUUCACUUAGGAGCCCAGCUGAAGACCAUGCAUAAUUUGAGAUUGCUGAGAGCAGACAUGCUGGAUUUCUGUAAGCACAAAAGAAAUCAUAGAAGUGGUGUGAAACUCCAUCGGCUCCAGACAGCUCUGUCACUUUACUCCACAUCGCUCUGUGGCCUGGUUUUACUAGUAGAUAAUCGAAUCAAUUCAUACAGUGGUAUUAAAAGAGAUUUUGCCACAGUUUGCCAAGAAUGCACUGACUUCCAUUUUCCCCGAAUUGAAGAGCAGCUGGAAGUUGUCCAGCAGGUGGUACUUUAUGCUAGAACUCAGCGCAGGAGUAAGUUGAAAGAAUCACAUGAUUCUGGAAACCAAAAUGGAGAAAGUGAUGAUAAGACUAAAAAUGCUGAUAGAAACUAUUUAAAUAUUUUACCUGGUAAGUAUUAUUUUAAAUUCCCAAAUUUUCACAAGCUGAGCACCAAUGUAACCAGUACCCAGAUUAUGAAACAGACCAUUACCAGCACCCCAGAAGCCACCCCCAUGCUCCCUUCCAGUCUCGAAAUGACUAUCCCGUGGUGCUUAAGGAGAGCAGAGCUUGUGUUUAAGUGUGUCAAAGGUUUCAUGAUGGAAAUGGCUUCGUGGGAUGGAGGAAUUUCUAGGACAGUGCAAUUUCUGGUACCACAGAGUAUUUCUGAAGAAAUGUUUUAUCAACUUAGUAACAUGCUUCCCCAGAUCUUCCGGGUAUCAUCAACACUUACUCUGACAUCCAAGCACUAACCCUGAUAGAUGGACAUGCUGGCAGAAGAGGAUUGUUAAACUCUCCAGGAACUUGAGCUCUGCCGGGAUAUAUGGUCAAGUGGUAGAAGCCCAGAAAGAACUGGCGAGCCAAGCCACAGACAAAUCAUGAUAGAUGGUCUGUUAAAUAUUCUAAAAAUUCAUCUAGCAUACAGGCUAGUGUUCAGCCCCUUUCUUACACAGUUAUUCUUAAAGUGUCUUUCUGAAAAAAAUUAUACUUUUAACUAUUGUAAUGUCCUAUCUGAAUAUUAGUAAGUUAAAACUUUCUAUUGGGUUGUCAGAAAAGUCAUGACACAUUUUUGUAACGAAAAACAGAAAAAAUAGUCAUGACUUUUCCGACAGCCCAAUAUAUUACCACACAUGGACUCUGGAUGUAGGAGAUUGUUCACUACACUUUCAUGGAGACAUUUGUCUUUUCCCAAGCGUUUGAGUCCUGUCUGGUGCAAGGCUUAAUUAAGUAUACAAUUAAAACCUUCCCUCUACCUUAUUUGCCAGUGAAAAAUAAAAACACUGAAAUAUA